AUGGCGCAGGCGGUUAAGGACGAGAGGUUCUACUCGAGUAAAACCAUCCUUGCACCAAUGGUGCGUGCUGGGCGAACUCCGCUUAGACUCCUUGCCCUUGAAUAUGGUGCAGACUUAGUAUACACGGAAGAAAUUGUGGAUCAAAAAUUGUUAAAUUCAAAGCGCAUCACAAACGAUAUCCUUCAUACAAUAGAUUACGUUCUUGAGGAUGAUGUUGUGUUACGAAUUGCAAGGAAAAAAGAGGAACAAAAAUGCGUAUUACAAGUACAAAAAAUGAUUGUUCUCGUUUUGAGAGGCACAGAUGUAGCAGCAGUCGAUAUAAAUAUGGGAUGUCCGAAGCCGUUCUCUCUUAUGGGUGGAAUGGGCGCAGCGUUAUUAACUCAACCAGAUAAAGUAAAAGAUAUCCUAACUUCAGUUGUGAGCGUUUCAUCGGUUCCUGUCUCUUGUAAAAUUCGUGUUCUUGAAAAGCGUGAAGAGACACUCGAACUGGUGAAGCUCAUUGAAAGGUGUGGUGUGAGUGCAUUAGCUGUUCAUGGUCGACGGAAGGACGAACGUCAGGCAAACGCAAAUCGAAUUGAUGAAAUUCGCGAAAUUGCUGGAAUACUUUCAAUUCCGGUUAUUGCAAACGGAGGUUCGGGAACAAUAAAAGAAUUUGCUGAUAUUGAACGCUUCCGGUUGGAGAGUGGUGCAAGCAGUGUCAUGAUAGCAAGAAAAGCUUUAUCGCAUCCGAGUGUUUUCCGUUCAAAUGGGUUGUUGACAAUGCAAGAAGAAAUUGAAGACUUCCUCCGAUUGGCAUGUGAGUUCGAUGAAAAUUUCACAAUGACAAAGUAUGUGGUGCAGCGAAUUUUAGGCAGUCAACAGGAAUUCGAUGAACGCGGUCGUGCCACAGUGAAUGCAGCAAGCGUGUCAGACAUUUGCGAUGCUUGGUCAAUGAGAGAUGUUUACGAUGAAUGCAAAAGCGAUCGUCAACGACGAACUGUCAAACGAAAAUUUGAAAGUGUUGGAACGGAUUUGCCUACCGAACUGGCAAUGUCACCUGAGAGUGACAUUCAUUUCAUCGAUCUUACAUUCCCACCGAAACGUUUACGAAAUAGAUGUGGUGCCGAUACCCCAAAGUGUGUUUUGAAUGCUUUAUGUGAUGAAAAUGGUAUGAAACGACCUAUUUACACUUGUAAACUCCGUUCCACUGAUAAACGUUAUGAAGCUUUGAUUGAAGUUGAUGGGCGCAAAUUCCUUUCACGAAUUGGACAGCCAAAUAAGAAGAUGGCUGAGCAGGUGGGUGGUGGUUGA